AAUAUGAUUCGAUCAAUAAUAAUUUCACCAAAUUCGUUGGUCAUUUUGAUUGCCAUAAUAAUUUUAUCAUUAAUUACGAUUAUUCAAUGUCAUCGAAUUGAAAAUUUUUUAAAUUAUCGUAUGGAACGAUCAUCGAAUGCUUUGAAAUUUAUUCCACGUUCAUCAAAUAUCGAUGAUAAUAAUGAUGAUGAUGAUGAUGAUCCAUUUCGAUUGGAUCGAAACAUUGCUAUUGCUUGUACUAAUCGUUAUAAUUGUGAACGAACCUGUAUGCAAGCCAAAUCAGCUAAACAAACAACAAAAGCAUCAUUAAUGGAUGCUUUGACACAUAGUAUUGGUGAAUCAACAAUGACUGAUGCACAUAAACUUGGUAUACAAUUUGGUCGUCAUAAAUCAUGCGAUAAAUGUUCAUUAAUUUAUUCAAAUUGUAUGGAUGAUUGGUAUCGUAUUGCACGAAGACAAUUAUUUCAUUAUCGUAGCCAGGAUGGAUCAAUGCCAAUGACCAAUGCUAAUGAUGAUUCAAUCUUAUUACCAUCAUCACAUAAAAUAUCAAAUCGUUUAUGAUUUGUUAAGUUUUUUAUUUAUCCAUUCAUUCUUUCGAUCAAUUUGUAUAUUCUUUGAUAAUAAUCUUUUUUUUCAAAAUAUUGUUAUAUCAUUUGACGGUCACACACCCACCGAACAAAUCUUUUUUUACACAUCUAACAAUUUGA